CCAGCGGACUGCUCCGGGCAGCGCAGCGUAGGUCACCACCUAGGCCACAGGGAAGAACAAUGAUUUUCCUUUGGAAUAAAUUCUAUAUAACACUCAUAAUGUUGACCUGAUAGUCUAUACUCGUGCUCUCCAAGAGAACAUUGUGAUAAGAGAACAGCUAUUUGGAGUCACUGCCUCGGCAUUGUACAGUGUGACAACCCUACUCACACCGAGUCUGGACAUUUAGAAAAGAUCUGAGCUUAGGAUUCCCACCCCAAGUUCUGGCUUUGCUUUUCCCAGGGUGCCUUUUAAAAUAACCACUUAAGAGGUGUCCUAGAACCCCGAUGGCAAACUUCAAGGGCCAUGCUCUCCCAGGGAGUUUCUUCUUGAUAGUUGGACUGUGGUGGUCAGUGAAAUACCCAUUGAAGUACUUUCAUCAAAAGGGAAAAAGGAGCCAACUGAUUCAUUAUUAUCAGCAUCUCGAGAUCAUUGAAGCUGCAAUCAGAACUUUAUUUUCAGUCAUUGGGAUCCUGGCAGAGCAGUUUGUUCCGGAUGGGCCCCACGUCCACCUGUACACUGAAAAUCACUGGAUAAAGUUAAUGAACUGGCAGCACAGCACCAUGUAUCUAUUCUUUGCAAUCUCAGGAAUCACUGAUAUGCUCACCUAUCUCGUCACCCACAUUCCCUUGGGGGUUGACAGAUUGGUUAUGGCUGUGGCAGCAUUCACCGAAGGUUUUCUCUUCUACCACCAUGUUCAUAACCGACCACCACUGGACCAGUACAUCCACUCGCUCCUGCUGUGUGCUGUGUUUGGAGGCGCUCUCAGUAUCUUCUUAGAGGUGAUCCUUCGGGACAAUAUUGUGCUGGAACUUUUCCGAACCAGUCUCGUUCUUCUUCAAGGCACCUGGUUCUGGCAGAUUGGGUUUGUGCUCUUCCCACCCUCUGGAGCACCCGCAUGGGACCAGCAAGAUGACUCAAACAUCAUGUUCAUCACCAUGUGUUUCUGCUGGCACUACGUGGCUGCCCUCUGCAUUGUGGCCACCAACUACUCUCUUGUUUGCUGCCUUUUGCAUCGGUUAAAGAGGCAUGGAGGAGAAAUCAUUGGGAUUCAGAAGCUGAAGUCAGAUCACACUUGCCACAAGGCCCUCUUGAGUGGUUCAGAUGAGGAGUGAGAGGCCAUCAGUCAUCAGUGGGGGUGGCCAUGUCCCUCUGAGCACAAACAGCUAGUGUUCAAAGGUGUAGCUCAUCUCUCCAUUUUAAUGCUUGCUUUGGUCUGCUCUUACAGUUCUAUUUGCACCUUCUUAUUUAAUUGACUAACGUGUGUGUCAGUGUGGUAUCCUUCAUAAAGCAAAAUGAAGCAAGCCUUUGUCUCUCAGAAAUCAGAGACUGCAAGUUUCAGAAUAGGGAGUGGCUUCAUGAAUGAAUCCAGAAUAUGAAUCCAGCAUAACUUACUGCUUUUAAUGAUGUAUCUCUUUUCUUCCUUAAGAAAGCAGGUACUUCCUUAUCAGAAAAUAAGUGAAUGACAGUGCCUUUAGAGAUGAAAUGCCAACAUGUGUUUUUUAAAAAUAGUAAUUCACGAGCUUUGGUAUUUUCAGUGUUACUUGUUAAAACAUCUCCUAACUAAUCAUAAUAUUCCAGAGUACUGCAAUACCACAGUUGAUAAGUGAUAAAGUUGGGCCAAAGGUGAUUUUUUUUUUUUUUUUAAUAAUCAGGAAGCUAAUUAGUGGCCCCGCUGAGAGCUGGAACUCAGAUGUUCUGACUCCUCAAAAGUACCCUCAUAAGAGGAUGCUGACAAGAAAUCUGUAUAAUGGGGUAGAGAGAAAAAUGUCAGGCCUUGAAUUUAAGUACAGCUGAAAUCAAAGGAUAAGAAUCUUGAACGAGUAAUAUAACUUUCGAUACUCUA